CGCAGUGUAUCGUAUUUUGGGAGCUCCGGAGAGCACCAUCACUGGUCCGAUCCUCUGGUUGAAAUUCUUCCACCGAGGACCACAGUCGACUAGUCGCAGAGUCCGUGUGGUUGGGGCAAAUACAAUGGAUAGAUACGUGCGCUACGGCAAGGGCCUCAGCGGGCACUGUAGUACAUGGUAGUCUGCAGCCGCGAGCAUAACAAUUUAAUUACAUUGCUAAAGAGCAAGCUGGGCUACGCCAAGGACUGUUUCGAGCCUGUGACCGUGAUACGUUGAGACGCGGCCAGUCCUGACUAGAAGUAAAGGCAGUAGUAACACUCAUCACCGGCAUACUGAGUUACUCACUACAAGUAGUACUGCAGUAGAAAAGGAAAGCUAAAGACUAAAGUGCAGUCGGUCAUUACUGGACUUCGGGUACCGUUCAGCUUGUGCUUCCUGACUACACUGGCUUAUCAUGCCAAGCCGCUUUUCAGUAUAGCCGCUCUAUAGUAUAGCUCAUACCAAGCCCGGAAAAGGAAUCUUUCCUGAUAACUUCUUCUACGCGAAUACUAGAGUAAUAAGUGAGUUUUGUUUAUUUGGUUAUCACAGACACAGUAUUGUGUAGUUAUCACAGACACAGUAUUGUGAAAGAGAGUACGGUGUGAUAUACCGGUACCAUGGCAACGCAUAAUACUGAUGAAGAAGACGAGCGGUCGCCUGUUUCACCUCUCCUAUCGCAUGACCAAAGUGAAGGCGGCGAUGAUAAAAUAGCUCUCUAUGAGCCUGAUGAUGAUGGCCAUGCCGUUGCCAACAAUGGUGACGGUGUCGGAGUGGCUCACUUGCCGGCCAAGUCACGGCAGCCACGCUAUCACCUCGUCAACUUGAUCAUGAUGAGCGUCUGUUUCUUCUUCGUCUUCACAGCGUACUCGGCGCUGCAGAAUCUGCAGGCAUCGCUGAACACGUCGGGCAAGACCUGUCUGGCCGUGCUGUACGGCAUGCUGCUCGUGUCCUGCUUCAUCACGCCGCCUCUUGUUCAGCGUCUCUCACCCCGCAUCACCAUGGUAAUCUGCAUGAGCAUACACUGCGCAUUCACCGCGGCCAACUACUAUCCGUCUGAGUACGUGCUGUUGCCGGCGUGCGGCUUGCUUGGCCUGGCGUCCGCACCACUAUGGACAGCACAGCAGAUCUACGUCACCACCAGCGCACACAUGUAUCAUGAAUACACCAAGACACCGGCGGCUACCGUAGGAUCUAGCAAACAGGGCAGUGCUGCUGCUGCUGGUGAAGCAGAAAGCACAAUAGACAAAGUCCUGGGACGCUUUAAUGGCAUCUUCUUCCUCAUAUUUCAGUUUACACAGAUUGCAGGCAAUCUGAUAUCGUCACUGGCCCUCCAUGCAACCGGCGCUGGUCAACAGCUGGAUGAAAACGCUACCUGUUCGCACUCCAACGCCACGGGUAACAAUACUAGCAGCGGCACUGAUGUCAAGGACUCGGUUCGCUACACUCUCCUGUCUGUCUACUUAGCCUGUGACGUGGCUGGCGUUCUGCUAUGCUUGUUCUGCCUCCGUUCCCUGUCCAAGUCCGUCUCCGAGUACAAGGCCACCGAUUUGAAGUCAUCGUGUCUGGCGACGCUACGGCGUGUGAUUGAUCCGUACAUGUUACUCCUUAUCCCUGUCGUCAUCUACAGUGGCAUGCAGCAAGCUUACAUAUUUGCUGAAUUCACUAAGUACUACAUCACGGAUUGCCUUGGCAUCGGCUGGGUUGGCUAUGUCAUGCUAGUGCUGGGUGUAGUUGACGCAGCCAGUAGUCUGCUGUGCGGCCGACUAGCAGCUCAUGUCGGCCGCGUGCCUAUUGUUCUGGCUGGGGCAUUGGUCAACGCUGCACUCAUAGCCUUUCUCAUCAUUUGGAUACGGAAGCCAGAUUUGCUGGCUGUCUUCAUUGUUGCUUCAAGUUGGGGAUUUGUAGAUGCCGUUUGGAACACACAGCUGAACACUGUGUUUGGCAUCAUUUUCGCUCGAGAUCAAGAAUCAGCCUUUGCCAACUACCGUCUCUGGCAAUCUGCCGGUUUCUGCAUAUCAUUUGCGUAUGGCAACGCCCUGGAAAUGCCGGUUAAGCUGUGGAUCCUGGUAGGAGUACUUUCAGUUUCUGUAACACUAUACAUUGUCAGUGAGAUCAGAUGGUACAGGGAGCAGAAGAGAAGCAAAUAUCUCUAGCCUUUGACUUGCACUCUUGCCAGCUGCACGUACCAGCAGCCAUGAGGACAACUCCUUUCUUGAGAUGGGCCUCAAGGAGCUACUACGGUAAUACUAAACUACUUUUUUUUGUGAAUUACAACUUGAGCAUGCAAAGUUUCCUGUACAAAAAUGGAACACACGGUUAAAAUCUUAAUAUGGGGAGCUGACAUCAGUCCCCAGAGCCAGACAAGAACCAUCCAAAUCGGUCAGGAUGGCUUCAAACAUUUGCAAAUGUUUUGAAUAUUGAGAGUUUACGUCGACAAUAUUGAAAAUUGAAUGUAAUUAUUUCCUUUGUCUCUCA